UGUAUUAGCGCGAUGUCUUAUCGUUAUCACGAGAAUAGUGCGGGGAGAAUGCGUCAGGUCUCAUAUGACUCUUCAAUGACUCUUGAAGUGACACCCUCUGCCCUUCAUUACCGUCUUAUCCGAUUCUAACCAUCCCUCUUCCUCUUCUGUACACACCUUCACAUGUAAACAUCCUCGACAGUACCUCGACUUGCCUUGCAGUCAUAUCGUCGGUGCUGAGCGCGCCCUUCUAUUGAGUCUCAAUUCACCAACUACUCUGUGCAUCAUAAUGUCUGAUCAUCCGGCCUCUCUACCUCCAGGCUCCCGAGCCAUCAAGAUACCUCUGAAUCUCAGCAACAGUCCCGAUUAUAUGCCAAUCACCAGACGUCGUCGUAGUGAACGCUUCAUGAAAACCCACGAACGAGCCGAUUCAUCCGAUGCCGGUCCAUCCUCCCUUAGCUCUGACCCAGAAUCACCCUGGUCAUAUAACCUCACGCCUGGGCAAGCCCGCGACCACUUUCGGACGGUAGCAUCUCCCUCAGGUCAAGGAACCCAGCUCCCCGCAACUUCGCCGCUCCUCGACAACACCGGCUCCACCCAGCGUAAAGACAAGCAGAAGGCCGGCUAUCCUCCGCCCAGCAGCAUGCCUACACUCUUCAACCCCUCGUCUUCUCCGCUGGGACCCUCUAUGCUUGCUUCCAGUUCCUACAAGUCUAUUAAUCUCAAUGGACAUCACGGUGAUCCGGAUGAACCUCCUCGAUUGAUUACCUAUACCAAACACAGUCAAGGCUUCACAUGGAACGACGAGCUGUUUCUACCGAGCUACAUGCUGGGACGAUAUGGAGAGCGAGGAAGAAAGAAGCAAUAUGAUGGUGACUUUGGUGAUGAGGAGCAUUGCCCAGUGGCUGAGAUAUUUGUCACGGACGAGGAGGCAGAUGCUAUGAUGCCGUGAACAUCUUCCAUGCCAUUGGGCGGUUACGCAUUACGAACGAUACACGAUUACACACGGCCGGGCGACCGAUCAAAUGGCGUUACCAGUUGGGAACUACGGAACUCAUCAUGCAGUAUUGCGGCACAUGGUGAGCAAUACACAUAGGC